AUGCAAUUAACCGUGUUGACUGAUAAAAUGAUUUUUUCAAAAAUAUCUGCUUUAAGUUCAAAUAACGCAAAAGUUAUAGUUAAUAUUUCAAUUAUUAUAUCACCAAUAGGGACGAUCAUAGCUGCAGCUGACAAUGAUUACCUGUAUAUCGUAUGUUUUGAAGAUACAAAACAAUUUGAAAAUAAAUUUAAAGUAUUGGCUAAAGAGUUAUCUUGCCGUUUUGUUCACGAAGAAAACAAAAUUUUAAACACAUUGAAAGAAGAACUGUUAUGUUAUUUCAAUGGAAAUCUAAAGAAAUUCUCUGUACCGCUGAAAACUCUUGGUUCUGACUUUCAAAAGAAUGUCUGGAUGAAAUUACAAGAAAUUCCCUUUGGCUCCACUUAUACAUAUAGUGACAUUACUAAGGCAUUGGGACGACCAACAACCCNACGGUCCCAGGGAGGCGUCCCGGCGAGACCCAUGGUCGCCAGAGGCAACCAUCAAGCCCAAGCUGCGGAGUGGAGCAUUAGUGACCGUGCUUCGGCGCGGAAGGGCAGUUCUUCCCGCAACGCCGGAGAUAAAACGGAUUCAAACUGA